AUCCGCCCCCGCGAUGUAUGGUUCCGCGGCUCCUGGUACGCCGGCACCGUCGUCCGCCGCGAGGCGAAGAACACCAAUCGUUACGUAGUCGAGUACGACCAGCUCUACGCGGACGAAUCUGGGGAGAAGCUGCUGCAAGAAACCCUCGAUUGGGUUCAAUUGCGUCCGCCGCCGCCGCCUCCCGAGAAGAAGGUCCAGUUCAAGUUCGAAGACGAAGUGGAGGCCUUCUACAGCGACGGCUGGUGGGAAGGGGCUAUUAUUGCGGAGCACUCCGGCGGGAAAUUCGCGGUGUUCCUCAGAGGCUUUGACGAGCAGAUUGUGUUGGAAGAGAAAGAUUUGAGGUUGCCUGUUCAGUGGGUUCAAGGGAAGUGGGAGCCGCGAUUCGAAGAGAUGUGGCUAAACUCAAACUUUUCCAAGGAAGUGAUGAAGUUCACUCAAGGAAUGCAAGUCGAGGUGCUAACUGACGAAGACGGUUUGAAAGGUGCUUGGUUUGCUGCAACAAUUAUUGAACCUUCGGGUGAAGACAAGUACCUUAUUGAGUACUUGUCCCUGAGGAAUGAUGAUGAUACUGAGUUUCUCAGAGAAGUCAUUCGUGCUUGCAACAUAAGGCCUUGUCCGCCGGAGAUCAUUGUUGUGGAUGCAUUCAAGGUGUGGGAUGCAGUAGAUGCUUACUACAACGAGGGCUGGUGGGUUGGCGUGAUUGCAAAGGUCUUGAUCAACUCCAAUUACGAGGUUAACUUUAUAGAGUAUGAUGAGAAGACAACGUUCAAUCAGGCUGAUUUGAGGCCACAUCAGGACUGGCUAAACGGCAAAUGGGUUGUUCCUUAAGAUGUCUGAAUUUUAUGCUCUCAAUUCUAAAAACACUACUAGCAUUUGUUCUUGCAUGUGGUCUUUCUCUUUCGGUGUUGUCUGUUACCGUUGUGCAUCUGAUGGUGGGUGUCGGUGGUGGGGUUUGGUGGUGUUUUUUUUUUCCUU